UAUAAAUAUAUAUAUAAAUAUAAGGCUUUUGCAUAUAUAAUUUAUCAAUUGCCUUAAUACUUUAUCCUCCAAUUUAUUUACUCCCUCUCGAUUUUUCAUCUUACUAAAGUAGAGGUAAAAAUGCCAUUUGCAAGUGUUGAUUCGAUGGAGGAAGAAAAGGAACAAUUUGCUGAAGUCGAUCCAUCAGGUAGAUUUGGUCGAUACGCGGAGUUACUAGGUCAUGGUGCUGUGAAGAAAGUAUACAGAGCAUUUGAUAUACAAGAAGGCAGAGAUGUAGCGUGGAAUCAAAUUCAAUUGAGUAAAUUUAUUGACAUGCCUUAUGUUGUGAAUAAAAUUCAUUCUGAGAUUACGUUGUUGAAGAACUUGAAGAACGAUAAUAUCAUUGUGUUGUAUCAUUUCUGGAGAGAUAAAGAACAUAACAUACUCAAUUUCAUUACUGAGGAAUGUGUGUCUGGGAAUUUGAGGGAUUAUAGGAAGAAGCAUCGUCGCGUUUCUAUUAAGGCGUUGAAGAAUUGGUCUAGACAGAUAUUGCAGGGGUUGGAUUAUUUGCAUACUCAUGAUCCUUGUGUUAUUCAUAGAGAUCUUAAUUGCAGCAACAUAUUUAUCAAUGGCAAUGUUGGGAAGGUAAAAAUAGGUGAUCUUGGGUUGGCUACAAUAGUAGGGAAGAGUCAUGCAGCACAUUCAAUGCUAGGGACACCAGGGUAUAUGGCACCAGAACUAUAUGAAGAGGACUACACAGAGUUAGUAGAUAUUUACUCAUUUGGAAUGUGUUUGCUAGAACUGGCCACUAUGGAAAUACCAUAUAGUGAAUGUGAAAGCCUAGCCAAAUUAUACAGGAAGGUUACAUCAGGAGUAAAGCCUCAAGCUUUCAACAAAGUGAGUGAUAAAGAGUUGAAAGAUUUCAUUGAAAAAUGCAUUGGACAACCAAGAGCAAGACCAUCUGCUGCUGACUUGCUAAUGGAUCCUUUUCUAUCUGAUGUUGAUAAUUGUUGAGAUGCACUUUGUUUAAAUAUGGACAAGUUAUUUCUUGUGGUUCAAGCUUAAGUUAUCAAUUAAUGUUUAUCAUAUAGAUUAGUUACCAAUUCGACCAUCUAGUUUAUCAAAAAUGGUCGCUACAUAUACACUCAGUUGUAUAUUGUAUGUAUAUCAUAUGUGAAGGGAUAGUUAUCAAUAUGUACCAUUCGACCAUCUAGUUUAUCAAAAAUGGUCGAAAUAUACACUACAUAUACAUGCGGUUGUAUAUUGUAUGUAUAUCAUAUGUGAAGGGGUAGUUAUCAAUCUGUACCAUUCGACCAUCUAGUUUAUCAAAAAUGAUCGAAGAAUGCACUACAUAUAUACUAGGUUGUAUAUGAUAUGUAUAUGUGUGUACAUGUAUACAUAUCAUAUGUGAAGGGAUAGUACUUAUCAAUACGUACCUUUCAACCAUCUA